CAAAACAAGAUUCCUCACAAAAAAAAUUAUCAAUACAAAAAGUUGAAGGGUGGGAAAACGAAAAUUGAAGGAGAAAAGCUCCUUAAUUUGAUUAAAGCUAAGAAUUGUUGAGUGAUCAUCAAAUUAGCUACGAUGGCUCAACGGGGUCCACCACAAAAUAGAAUAGGGCUUUCAACAUUAAUUGAAGAAAUUAAAAGACCCCUUUUGAUUCACAGAGCAAAUUUCCCAAUUUCUGAUCGACCACCAAACUUUAAAGAUACAGAUACAAUGGUGAUUUUUGCCAAAAGAUUCACAAGAAAGGUAGCCAUUGUUACAGCUUCUACUCAAGGAAUUGGAUUUAGCAUCGCUGAACGACUCGGCUUAGAAGGAGCUUCUGUUGUUAUUUCUUCUCGUAAACAGAAAAAUGUGGAUGAAGCAGUUGAGAAGCUAAAGGGUAAAGGGAUUGAUGUUUUCGGUGUUGCAUGCCAUGUCUCAAAUGUUCAACAAAGGAAGAAUUUGAUAGAUGAGACGAUAAAGAAAUACGGGAAAAUUGACGUGGUUGUAUCUAAUGCAGCAGCUAAUCCUACUGUGGAUCCGAUUUUAGAUGUACCAGAAUCUGUCCUAGAAAAGUUAUGGGAAAUCAAUGUCAAAGCUUCUAUACUCCUUCUCAAGGAUGCUGCACCCCAUUUGACCAACGGCUCUUCAGUGGUUUUCAUCUCAUCAAUUACUGCUUAUCAACCUCCAUCAUCUAUGGCUAUGUACGGAGUGACAAAAACAGCUCUUCUUGGACUUACAAAGGCAUUGGCAGCUGAGAUGGCCCCAAAAACUCGUGUCAACUGUGUUGCCCCUGGUUUUGUACCUACCCGCUUUGCUGAUUUCCUCACAAGCAAUGAUUCAAUUAGGAAAGCUAUUGAAGAGAAGGCACUACUUAAUCGACUUGGAACCACAGAGGACAUGGCAGCUGCAACUGCCUUUCUUGCUUCUGAUGAUGCCUCUUAUAUCACUGGAGAAACAUUGGUGGUUGCUGGAGGCACUCCAUCCCGCCUUUAAUUACAUUUCAACUCACCUUUUUGUUUGCUCAGCAUUUGAAACAAGAUUAAUAAAUCCAAAUGUUUAUUGUAAUCUUUCAUGAUUUUGCGUCUAGAAUAGUCAUAGUUAUUGAGGCCAGGGGAAAUCAGAGCUCACAGUAACCCCAGAGAAACUCCCUCACAUGAGCUGUUAGGAAUUCCGCCACCUAAAUAAAGGGUCUAAAAGAGCAUGGUUUAUGAAUACAAGAGAUGUUAUGAGAGAGAACCGUCUUUGUUCCCCAACAAUCUUAACAAGGGCUGUAAAUCAAGAGUGGCUGUUCAGAAAUAUUCGGAUACAGCAGAUGAGAAGCGAUUGUUUAGACAGUUCAGUACAUCCUAGAUUUUUUUUUUUUUUUUUUUUUUUCCUGAGGUGAUAUCAUCCAAAUCACAGAAUAGUGCAUUGUGUUCAUAAAUCUAUUUUGUACCUAAGUUUCUUCAGCCUCAUUCUUUCUGCAUUAAAUUAGCACUUGCUGCUUAAGGUGAGAGCGGCCUUCUCCUA